CGCUCGGGCCCCCUCAGCCGCGCCGGCGUUUAAACGGACCGGAAGUGAGGGCAGCCGACUUCCGGCGGUUGAACUCAGGACAGAGUGUCGGGCAUGGCGACCAAGCGGCUGGCGCGACGGCUUGGAUUAAUUAGGAGAAAGUCAGUUGCACCAGCAAGUGGGAAUCCAGGAAGAAGCAGAUUCAAACAGACGUAUGACUACUUAAUUGUUAUUGAUUUUGAAUCUACAUGCUGGAAAGAUGGGAAACACCACAAUAGCCCUGAAAUAAUUGAAUUUCCAGCAGUUUUGUUGAGUACAGCAACUGGAGAGAUUGAAUCUGAGUUUCAUGCUUAUGUACAGCCUCAAGAACAUCCAAUUCUUUCUGAAUUUUGCACAGAACUGACAGGGAUAAAACAGGUUCAAGUUGAUGAAGGAGUCCCUCUGAAGAUUUGCUUAUCCCAGUUCUGUAAAUGGAUUCAUAAGAUUCAGCAGCAGAAGAAAAUCAUCUUUACUACUGGGGAUUCAGAGCCUUCUUCUGAAGUAAAAUUGUGUGCUUUUGUUACUUGGUCAGACUGGGACUUGGGGGUUUGCCUAGAGUAUGAAUGUAGAAGAAAGCAGCUCUUAAAACCCGUGUUCCUAAACUCGUGGAUUGAUCUUAGAGCAACUUACAAGCUUUUUUAUAAGAGAAAACCCAAAGGACUAAAUGGCGCCUUGCAGGAAGUGGGAAUAGAAUUUUCAGGACGGGAACAUUCUGGCUUAGAUGAUUCUCGGAACACUGCUCUUCUUGCUUGGAAAAUGAUCAGGGACGGUUGCCUAAUGAAAAUUACCAGGUCCUUGAACAAGGUUCUCACUAAGAAGAAUCCCAAGAUUUUGGUCCAAAAUUUGGGUACAGAUCAAAUUGAAGAAACAUCUGCCUGCAACGUUAGCAUCCAGGGUCCCAGCAUAUAUCAAAAGGAGCCCAAAAGUAUAGUAAAUACCCAGGAAGAUGCUCAAAUGAAUUUAGUUUGUGUGAAUUCGUCUAUAAAGGAACAAUUACAACUAAACGUGGAUCUUCACAAUAACAAACGUUGCAUUCCUCUUUGCACUACUAAGCCCUCAACUUCUGGGGAACAAUUGGGUUCCCCCACUUUGAUGCAGAAGCAAAGAAAAAGUGAGCAGCUUGCAUCGAAUGACAAGUCAAAGUCCUCAGCACUUAACUCCAACUUGGUACUUGUAUCUACGACCAUUCCAUCUGUUAAUGUUGUUUCUAAUGCAGAAGUGGGCUGUACUUUUGACUGUUUACCUAUGUUGGCUGAGUGGGAAGAUGUAGUUUUACUUCCAUCAUCUCAGGCUGAACAAGAUAAAGAUUGUGUGCCUUCGAUUAGUGACACAAAUGUAGAUACUUCUUUUAAUUCUGGAGAGAGAUCGAUGGUUUUAAAAGAACCAGAAAUUCUUAGUUAUGAAAACUUUGAAGACCUCAAGGAAACUCCUCAAAACUUUGAAAUAUCUAAGUCUAUUGUGUAUAAGAGUCCCCAUAGUACCGUCUAUAAUGUAAAGGGAGCUAAACAUUCAGGUUCAGAUACUUCUGCUUUUAAAUUACCUGGAUGCAAACCAUUUACCUUCAACAGUCUUAAUGCCAAUGCAUCACAUCCUUCAGUUUUGAGGAAACAACCUCUUCCCUUAGGUGGUACUAAAAGGAAUUCACCUAGUCCCCUACCUUUCCCACGAGCGAAAAAGCAAACCUUCAGUAUUCAUGAAGAAAAGCCUGCAUCAUCUACUUGCUCCCCAGGAGCCUCUUCCCGGAAAGUUCUUUCCUCCAUAUUAACAUCCAUAGUUAAUCUACAAGAGCCUUGGGAGAGUGGGAAGAUGACACCUCCCUUAUGCAAGUGUGGCAGAAGAUCUAAGCGGCUUAUUGUUUCUAAUAACGGGCCAAACCAUGGGAAAGCCUUCUACUGUUGCCCUGUUGGGAAAUACCAAGAAGACAGAAAAUGCUGCGGUUAUUUUAAAUGGGAACAAACACUUCAAAAGGAAAGAGGCAAUAGCAAAGCUCUAUCUCGUUCCUCAGAAGGACUCACUUUCAGCUCUCCAGAAACAAGCCAUAUUCAUGACAGAAAUUUGAAUAUUCCUGUUAAAAAUCCUUUACGACUCAGACCGUCAAUGAGAAAUUGAUAAACUCUCAUAAAAGUGUCAGGUUCGAGUUCCGAGGUCUCAGCAUACCUGGAGCUAAAGCCACACCGAGGCAGUUCACACUGACGGAAGGAAGCAGAUUGCAUGACUUCCACUCUUGCCCAGAAGUCGGCUGUCAACUGUCUGUUGUCUGUU